AUGUCUCGAGACCUGGUACAUAGCUAUCCUCCAGAACUGACCGAAGAAAGACUCAUCAACUUGGUUGCUCAGAUUAAGUGUUUCCCAACCAUUUUUCCUCGGGCGCGAUUUCAGCAAGCGCAGGAUAUAAUGAAGAUUUACAUCAAGUUAUACUGUUCUAUUGCAGAGGAUGCAGAGUGGAUCUUCAAUGCGAUCAAAGAUCUCCUCCCUGUGGAGCCCCUUGCGACUGCACUCUGGGGCAUUCAUGAAGCAGCCAAGAUGACCAACCCGGUGCAAGAUGCUUCGGUAGGUAUUUUUCGCUCUGAUUAUAUGCUUCAUACUGGCCCAGGAGCUAUAGAUAAUUCCACGAGCUCAUUGGACUCUGCUUGGGAUACCACGCUCAAGCAGGUUGAAUUCAACUAA